AUGGCUUUUUCGGCGAACUCAACUUUUGCGUCGGUAGCCGAGACUUUAUACACCUACCCCGAGUUAGUCUUCGUAACCGUCGGCGCCUCCAUCCUAAUCACGGUGACACUCGUCGGCAACAGCCUGGUGUUGGUUGCUGUGGCCCGAACCAAGACACUCCAAAACGUUACCAACGUCUUCUUGGUCAACCUGAGUGUGGCUGACUGCCUGCUGAGUUUCGCUAUGCUGUGGAGCGUGCCGGGUCUGGUGAGCAAAACGCCAGGCUACCCGCUGGAAUCCGACAUUCCGUGUGUGACAGCGGCCGGUCUUCUGUUCAUCGCCACAGGCUGCAGCGUGUUCACCCUGGCAAACAUCGCCGUGAAUCGGUUUAUACUGAUCACUCGGCGCAGGACCACCUACCAGAGGUUGUACACACCCAGGAAGAUUGCACUGAUGGUCCUAGCCUCCUGGCUCGUUCCCAUGUGCGCUGUGGUUAUCCCACCUUUAUUUGGUAUCGGGGGCCUCGGUUUCGACCUGGAGAGCCGCGGCUGCCAACAGUUGACAACUCUUCCUAAAGCUGCAGUGUACACGAAGAUACGCACUGCUGUGUUUUACCCCGUACCUUUUAUUGUGAUCAUUGUUUCGUACGCUCUUAUCUGGCGUCAUGUCAGACGUCAUUUCAAGAAGCGCCAACAACCUGGCAUCAGCUUACAGUCAACGGCAGAGUCGGCUGUCGGCACUCUCGCGUGCUCCACGUCAUUAAGGCUUGGCGGUGUUGAUGAACCUGACUUCAGUAGCAUUUCCGGCCCUUCGAUGUCUUCCCGACGCGCCAAAAGGCGCCGUCAUUUGAACAGCGUCAAGAGAGACCACCUAGCAAUCACCAAGAACCUCCUCGUCGUAGUGGUUGCCUUCAUAAUUUGCUUCACCCCUAUCGCGAUCAUGGCGUUUACCGGCAGCAAACGUUACUACUUGUACGGUGCACUAAUCCUGCUCGUCCAUGGCUGCAUCACUCCCUUCAUCUACGCCGCCAAGCAUCCAUACUUCAAACCCACCCUGCGGUCCAUGACCCGUUGCCUAUGUUCCAAACUCCAGGAAGUAUGA